CACCAGUCCAGCCAGUCCAUCACCACCACCACCACCAGCAUCACCGCCACCGUUCUGUCACCACCACCACUUAUCAUUGCUGGUGCAAAGAAGAAACAGGAAAAUCAACCCCGGCGGAACAUAACAGAAAGACCGCCCGUACGAGAUCGAGGAAGGAAGCUCAUGAAGCAAGCUACGAACACUAUGGACACAAAGAGCUGAUAAGGGCCGACGGGCUGACUGAUUGAUAUGAUGCAGCGCACACGAAAACACACACACAAAAUACUGAUAACAAAACCAAAGACACGGGUAAAACAGCUGCCAGUUGAGGACCUUUAAGAAACAUGGUCCCCGCAGCUACCAGGUUAAGGCGACUCCAAUGGCAAUGAAAGAAGUGUCGACCAGGCCAGUACUUCAUUCACUGUCAUCGGAGCAGCCUAAACAAAAAGAUCAUUCGUAGAGGACAGAUUUACUUAAAGACUUAUACCAACAACAGGUCUUGUAGUGGCUUGAUGAAUCCGGCCCCUGUGCUAUAUGUUUUUAGGGUAAAGACUGGAAAAAUCUACAUCGGGCGACUACACAAGACCAAAAACUGAAAAAACGUAAUAAUAUCCAAUAGACAUUUAAUUAAAAAUCACUUAACUGAAACGGAAAUCAUUAUAAACAUUAGAGAAACUGCAAUAACACAGUGAAAAUAUCCCGUAAUCAAGAAGCAACACUGAGGAAGGAAUAGGGAGAAGAGGAAAGGGAGCGAGAGAGGAGGAGGAGAAGGAGAGGAAAAGACGUAGAGGGAAGAAAGAGGGAUUAUUACACAGCCAUGGCCGAACUAAUGGAAGUGCAAAGCCAGCCGGAGCCUGUGAGAAAGGGCGGCGGUGCCAGUCACUGUGGUGGUACAGCCGAGGCAGAUGAUAUGAUGCUGACCCGACUCGACCAGGUGACCAACAGCUUCAUUACUGGCAGCACCACGACCAACACCACCACCAAUGCCACCACCACUGACAGUGUCACCACUGCUACCAAGGCCUCCAUCAGUACCAGUAGGGGCAAUGUGGUGCUGGUUAAGGGCGCAUACAAGAGCUACGGGUCGGGCAAAAGGAAGGUGACGGUCCUGGAUAACCUGGAAAUGCGUGUACCUCAAGGCGCUAUAUACGGCUUGCUUGGCCCCAGCGGCUGCGGAAAGACCACAUUGCUAGGCUGCCUGGUGAGCCGCUUGCACCUAGACAAGGGCGAGAUCUUCAUCCAUGGCUUUCCCCCAGGCUCCGUCGAGGCAGCUGUGCCCGGUCACAGAGUUGGCUAUAUGCCCCAGGAGCUGGCACUUUUCCAGGAAUUCUCUAUUGUGGAGACACUUCAGUACUUUGGCAGGAUCCACCAGAUGAGCGCCAGCAAGAUCUUGCAGCGCAAAGACUUCCUCGUGUCCUUCCUCGACCUGCCUGAUCCAAAUCGCCUCGUGAACCAACUCAGUGGAGGUCAGCAGAGGAGGGUCAGCUUUGCGACGGCACUGCUGCAUGAACCUGAACUCCUGAUCCUAGAUGAGCCUACAGUAGGGGUGGAUCCACUUCUCAGGAGCAGCAUCUGGCAACACCUACUGGAUGUGUGUAACGGCACCAACACCACCAUCAUCAUCACUACCCACUAUAUUGAGGAGGCACGCCAAGCUGACAAGGUGGGUCUAAUGCGUGGAGGUCGCCUGCUAGCCGAGACCUCCCCGAUGAGCCUGAUCAAUCACUUCAAAAUUCCCUCCCUUGAAGACAUCUUCCUUAAGCUGUGCCUCGAGGAUGGCAGUGAGGAUGAGCUGAACAUCCAUGGCAUGGAAAACAAAACGUACGAAGAUGACGCGGGGACCCUCAAGGUGCUGCCCGGGUCCCUGCCAGAUGCAAGGGGCUCUGUGCGAGGGCUACGAAAGGAGGUGAACCCUAACACCGGACAGGUGACACUAAGGGACGACACAGACAACAAUAUCUUCAUGUCACCCUGGGUCAGCACCUCCAAGUAUGAGAGAAUGUUCUCCACGUACCGAUUCAGGGCUCUCCUCAUCAAGAACUUCAUCAAACUGUGGAGGAAUAUUGGGUUCCUCCUCUUCUCGUUUCUGAUGCCACCCGUCCAGACCGUGCUGUUCUGCCUCACUGUGGGAGGCACGCCCUAUGAUCUGCCCAUGGCCAUCGUAAACCUGGACAAUGGCUACAAUCUCUUCCUCGAUGUCCCAGUCCCGAUUCAUCCUAACAUCAAUAUUACCUUCAACUUCUCCCUCAUUUACCUCGACGAUAUCAACGAUAAAACCAUUCGUAAAAAAUACUACAACAACUUUGAUGAUGGCCACAGAGCAGUGGAGGAGGGGGAUGCGUGGGGCCUCAUCUUUUUUAAUGAGUCCUUCACAGAGGGCAUCCUGGCCUUCUACGGCCCUGAAAUAAACAAUCAAUCCCUGCCAGGCCUGGAGGAGGAGGACAAAGAACAGGGAAAGAUCAAUUUGUACAUGGAUAACACGAACUCCCAGAUCUCCGCCACGCUUAUGUUCACACUCCUGCGGGCAAUGGAAGACUUCCUGGAGGACGUAAUAAAGGAGGUGGAUGACGCAUUGCAGGAUAUCUUCCCUAACACCAACGCUACGGUAGACACCAGCAAGCUAGCCUUCCCCCUGGUGUUCCAUGACCCUAUCUACGGCUCAACUGACGCCUCCUUCACUGAAUUCAUGGCUCCUGGCGUGAUCUUGACCAUCACCUACUUCAUGGCAGUGGGACUCACAGCUCUCUCCUUCAUCAUAGAGAGGAAGGAAGGACUUCUGGACAGGUCAUGGGUGUCAGGUGUCCAGUCGAGCGAGGUGAUGCUGGCACAUCUUGCCACACAGAUGCUGGUGAUGUUGGUGCAGAUUGCCCUUAUCUUGGUCUUCAUGUUCCCAGUCUUCCAACUCCCCUGCAAAGGCAACAUGGUGUGGGUGGUGCUGCUUGCCGUGCUGCAGGGGUUCUGUGGCAUGACAUUCGGCUUGAUGACCUCUGCAAUCUCGAACGAUGAAAAUACCGCGAUCAUGAUGGCUUUGGGAAUCUUCUAUCCACUCUUGCUGCUCUCUGGCAUUGUGUGGCCCAUCCAAGGCAUCCCGGUGGCCCUCAGGUAUGUGUCCUACAUCCUGCCACAAACGUACGCGUGCGAGGCGAUUCGAGCGGUGCUGUACAAAGGCUGGGAUAUCACCCACACCAUUGUGUAUCUUGGCUACCUAGUCACUGUUGCCUGGCUCUUCAUCCACCUCGCCAUCGCCCUCAUUGCCAUCAGGAUACGCAAAUAAGCCCCGCUGCUUUAGCCCUGUCAUUUGUAUAUGCAAAAAUAAGCAAAAUUUCUUACAGGUGGAAAAAUGAGUUCCACUGAUGCCCCACACAAGAGAUUAUAAACCAGCUGGGCAUCUGUAUUAAGGUCACAAAAAUAACAUUUCACCCUAAAUGGUACAGCUACUAAGGAUAAUCUAUAUAAUUUUCCUGUUAAAUCACCAUUGCAAUGCAGUAAUGCCUUCAUAAAGAGGCAACUUUCCUAUGGGCCAAAAAUAUUGCAAAAAAAACAAAGGUAAGUGUAAUGAGUAUUUACUUAAUUGUAAGAUGAAAAGUGUGACUGUGAUGUAGUGAUGUGGAAGGUAAAAUGUCUGUCAUGGAGUAGACAUAACAAUGUCAAGAAAAAUCUGACAAAAACCUGGUACAGUAAAAUACCUACUCGCCGGCAACUGCAGGGAUUCAGAAGUGCCGGAUAAGCGGAAAUUCCGUAUACUUGAGGUAUAUUCUAGUUCCCCCUGUAAUAAUUUAUUCAACCAAACAUGUUUACACUCUAUACACUCAGAUAUGCAAUACCUUACUACAAGUAUGUACUAUUAAUCAAUAAUCACGGAAAUGAAACUAGAUAAGUACUAACACUAGUAAUACAAAAGGUCAAUGAGAACAUUGUUCCUUACAAUUAUCAGCCAAGAGUAAGUAGUCAUGUAGUGGAGUGAACGGGGCUGCCUGCUGGACUCAAAACAGUAAGCUGCAUCAGCCUGCCAAGUCUCAUCACGCUACCCGUCUAUUCUAGCCGCACAAUACACUCAUUCUGCACUUCCUUGCUGUCUACCAUAUCUAGGAAAUAAAAUGUUGGAUUAAUCCAA